AAAACUAUCAAUAAGAUUUUUUCACAUUACCGCCUAUCGAUAUCGAUAAGGAAAAAACAUUGUGUAGAAUUUCACGAAACCGGCAAACGACUUAGGUGAAAUGGCUGAUAAAAAGACAGGAGGCAACAAUGAUGGAAAGGAAAAGCGCCGAAAGGAGUCUAUUUUGGAUCUGUCCAAAUACCUGGAGAAACAAAUACGUGUGAAAUUCGCGGGAGGCCGCGAGGCGUCUGGGAUACUGAAAGGUUACGAUGCGCUUUUAAAUCUGGUGCUAGACAAUACCGUGGAGUACCUAAGAGAUUCAGACGAACCCUACAAACUCACAGAGGAUUCCACACGAAGUCUCGGCCUGGUCGUAUGCCGAGGCACGGCGCUGGUGCUCAUCUGUCCACAAGAUGGAGUCGAGAGCAUAGCCAAUCCCUUUAUUACGCAGUAAAUGGAUAGAAAGAAUAUGCUGUCUGGUCUAGGCUAAGUACACAUUUUGGUUGAUAAAAACGUUUUGCAUACAUAUUUAAAAUAAUGAAAUUUGUGUAACAUACUAUAAAUACAAACAUAAAAACUAAA